AUGUUACUCUGCGGAAUCAUUGAUGAAAUCUCCGAUGCUGGCCAGUACUUAGUCUCCUAUUUCUUUUGUCAAGAGACUGAUUCACGCUUGAACAAAGCUACAAAUAUCCUGAGGGGGCUCAUCUAUAUGCUCAUUGACCAGAACCCAGCUCUGAUUUCUCAUGUCCGCGGAAGGUAUGAUGAAUUGGGCAAGCAACUCUUCGAAGGUAUCAACUCUUGGCAUGCCUUGUCAAACAUCUUCGUCGAUAUCUUGGACGAGCUUGACCACGUCCACAGCACAGUCUAUUUGAUAAUUGAUGCUCUCGACGAGUGUACAAAUGGGUUGUUCGAGCUUCUAGAGUUGAUCACUGAGAACGUCUCGAGGUUUCCGCACGUCAAAUGGUUGCUCUCAAGCCGGAUUUGGCCUGAGAUCACAGAAAGGCUCCAUUUGGUCCCUGAUAAAUCAAGAAUAACUCUUGAGCUUGACGAAACUUCUGUCGCGGGUGCCGUGAAGACUUUCAUCGACAUCAAAGUUUCAGAAUUAGCGAAGCUAAAGAAUUAUACCCAGCAGGUUUUCGACGCUGUGUACUCAUGCCUCAUAUCCCAUGCUCAAGGCACCUUUCUCUGGGUAGCGCUUGUUUGCGAGAGACUGGCCCGUGUGUCUAGGAUGAGGACCAUAGAAAUGCUUACUGCAUUUCCACCUGGACUCGAUGCGCUAUAUAACAGAAUGAUGCAGCAGGUCCUUGAGCAUGACGAGGCUCCACUCUGCAGGCAAAUCCUUGAAGUCGCUUCACUUGUAUAUCGCCCUCUGACACUUCACGAAUUGCCUACGUUCAUUGACUUGCCUACUCAUGUAAAUGAAAACGACCAUGGUUUGCUGGAAGAGAUAAUUGAAUACUGUGGAUCCUUUUUGACUAUCUCUGAAAGCACUAUUCUCUUCGUGCAUAAUUCUGCGAAGGACUACUUGCUUGAACACGCCCAAUCCGACGUAUUACCCACGGGUAAGGACCAGGGACACAUUGCAAUAUUCCUGCGUUCCCUUGAAGUGAUGGAAGUAACCCUCAAGCGUGACUUAUACAACACUGGCUUUGCAGGAUUGUCCAUCCGUCCAAUGGAUGUGCCGAGGCCAACAUCAGACCCGCUUGUGAAAGCCCGAUACGCUUGUAUGAAUUGGACAGAGCACCUGUCGGACUAUACUUCUCUAAGACCCUCGAGUGGAACUUCUGGAGAUGAACUUUGGAGAACCAAGUUGAAAUGUUUUAUUGCAACCAAAUUCCUCUAUUGGUUGGAGGCUUUGAGUUACCUGGGAAGCAUUUCCACGGGUUUGAACGGGAUAAUGUGCCUCGACCAAAUAUGCCAGAGAUCUCCCGAUGAGAACCUGGCUUCACAGUUAGCCGAUGCAUCGCGUUUUAUCCAAUACCAUCAACCAGCGAUUGAGAGCAGUCCCCUGCAAGCUUACUGCUCAUCUCUGCUAUUUUCCCCAACGGGCAGUGAAGUCCAGAGAAAUUUUCUCGGUGAAAUGGCAGACUGGGUAACAAUAAACCCCAGUAUACAAACAUGGAAUCCCUGUGUCCAAACCUUGGAAGGACACAGCAGUCCUGUAAUGUCUUUAGAAUGGUCACCAGAUCUAACUAUGAUCGCCUCCUUUUCAUAUGAUAGCAUCUGCAUUUGGAAUCCCCAAACCCGCCAAUGCAUUCUCAGACUCGAGGGCCAUACUUCAGACAUAAAAGCGACAGCUUGGUCGCCUGAUGGAAAGCUUUUGGCAUCUUCGUCUGUGGAUUGUACCCUGCGAGUGUGGGACAUGGAGACAGGCCAGUGCACCUUGAUUUUGGAAAACCACAAGGACCCCAUAAGCGCAAUCUACUGGUCUUCCGAUGGAAAUCGCCUAGUUUCAGUUUCGGGCAUUCGACAUGUCUAUGAGCCCGUUCCAAUGGUCAUCAAGACCUGGAGCCGAGAAACUGGACACUGUGAGUUAACACUCGAGGACGAAAAGCCCGAUGCACAUGUGUUUCCAUCAUAUCCACGUGUUUUCCCGUCGUCCGACGGAAAAUUUCUCAUAUCAACAACACCAGAAGGAGGCAUGAGGACCUGGCAGCCACUCGGUCAUAAAAUGACCUUAGCUAGCACCAAACACAAAAUGUCCAGAUCACCCUGGAUCUGGACCGAUGAUCGAAAGCACGUCAUGUACUCGGUACCAUCAACCGGUCAUGUUAAGGUUUUGGAUGCAUCCACGUUACCGUAUUCGACUAUCUUCGAGCUUGAGCAUCCUGAUGUGAGGGUUAUUGCACUCUCCCUGGAUGAGCUAUCACUGGCAUCAGCGUCAGGUCGAAAGAGUUUGACAAGAAUCAAAAUCUGGAGUCUGAUCACAGGCCAGUGUAUUUCAUCAUUUGAUGAGAAGUCCGUCGUGAUCGACGCCAUGAUGUGGAUGCCCGAUGGAAGGCUCGUUGCAUCUAGUGCCAACAUAAUUCAGAUCUGGAACCCCUCAACUGGUCACUGUAUGUCGACGCUGACAGGGCAUUCGGGUGAAGUAACUUCUCUGGCCUUGCUGGGUGCAUCGCAAAUCGUGUCUUCAGGAGAAGAUCAUACCCUUAAGAUCUGGGAUGCUAGCUCAUCCACCAUGAAUCAGGACCAUGACUCGGGGAUCUCGAAUGUGAUGUGGUCCCCAAGUGGAGCCAUGAUCGCGUCCUUUGGGCCAGAUAGCAAUAUCGGAAUAUGGGACUCAUCGACUGGGGGCCGGCUGUCAACAAUGAAGCAACAUAACGAACACGUCACAUUCAUGGCUUGGUCGCGGUCUGAAAAGCUUGCUUCGACAUCAAUGGACAGGAAGAUCAGAAUUUGGGAUGCGUUAGCUGACCAACCCUUACUCAUCAUUGAUGAAGGUUCACAGUUCACGACACCCCUAUGUUGGUCUGUGGAUGAAAGUCACCUCUUGUGUGGGUCGUAUGAUGACCAUACCAUGAAGUCCUGGGAUACAGCCACCGGGGAAUGCAAAUCAUCCUGCAAACUGGACAAUCUCGGUCUUUAUGUCUUUUGGUCUCCCGACGCAUCCCAAUUUGCAUCAGUUUCAGGUGACAGCAGGAUCAUGAUUCAGAAUCCAUACACAGGAGAAUGCAGCUUGACUCUUGACGGAUACAAAGAUGCAGGGCCGUGUGGUCUCAUCACUCCAGCAGUACAGCUGGCUUGGUCUAGCGACGGGACGCAGCUCGUAUCAGUUCGUGCCAAAACAAUCAGAGUCUGGGAUCUUGUGACUGGCAAGUGUACUUUCAGUAAAGAAAUGGACCUGUAUCCUGGAAAUCUUCAUUUCCCCGGUGCUCUUCCAUAUGACGAACCAGCGGUGAACUAUCUAAAUAGUAGCAUUGGCGGGCUCGAGAUACAGCCAAGCAUCGCUGGUCCCGUCGAUAUGAAGAGUUGUGCUUCCGCUCACAGACCAAGCGGACUUGGGUUCAGUCCGAGCUUUGACUGGAUUACUUAUGAGGGCGUGAAUAUUAUCCGCCUGCCGCAAGAGUAUAGACCGACUUCUGCAAGUGGAACCAUGAUAUCUGGAGCGACUGUGGUGAUCGGAAGUGUAACGGGACGGGUGUUGAUUUUGAAAUUUGACAAGGAUCGUCUCAUGAGGGCUCAUGCAGGUCGAUAG